AUGUCCACCAAAAAGAAGGUGAAACUUAGUCAAAUUGAAGCAGAUCCGGAAGAAUUCGCCCUGAAAGUAUCAUAUGUGACUGAAAUACAUCACUUUGACGACUAUGGGAAUCCAAUCAAAGCGGAGUCCCAACCUGGUCACAAAGUGGUCCGCGUUCCGCGCGGGUUGCAAGGACCUGAGAUUCAAGGCCUUGCACAAGAAGUAGUGGAGAAAUGUCGGAAGUACAUCCCACCAUCAAAGGUGGGCGAAGUGGAGGAGUUGCUCUUCGCCUUGGCCGAACACGAGGAAGCGCUACUUCCUCAAGCAGACGUGCGUCAGAUUGAGGACUACGCGGAUCAACUUUAUGAGGACCUUGGUAACUUGAUGCCAUCAUGUGUGCUGGUGAUCCUGGUCCUCAGUCUGCAGCAAAUCGGCGCAGACUAUGACCCAGUGAAGAAGGUUGAGCAUGCCCGACUUUAUGGGAAUGUGGACCACUAUGCAUACUACUUUGUCGACUUGGUGGUGGGCACUCCUCCGCAGAGGGUCUCUGUCAUCCUAGACACUGGCAGUGGGGUGGCUGCAUAUCCUUGCGCCAACUGUGGGCAUUGUGGGCCGCAUAUCGACCCAGCGUUCGACAUUGGGAAGAGCAGCUCUGCUCACUGGAUUCAGUGUGUGGCAAAUCGCUGCCCAAUUGGCCGAUGCUCGUCAGGGAAAUGUUCCUACUAUCAAGGCUACACCGAAGGGUCUUCAAUUUCCGGAUUUUGGUUUGAGGACAUGGUGAGUCUGGGCGACAUGAUCCAACACAAUCCCCAAGUCAAAGCCAGGAUGGGUUGUCAUUCGAACGAGAACAACUUGUUCUACACCCAGAAGGCCAAUGGGAUCAUGGGGAUUGGCCCCUCGGGGAUGGAAGGGGAAAAGAUCCUGGACCAGAUCUUCAAGGACAGAGCUCAUGUCUCACACAAGGUUUUUUCGAUUUGCUUGGCUGAGUGGGGUGGUCAAUUCAAUGUGGGUGGCUAUGACGAAUCGUACCACUUGGGCCCCUUGCAGCAGAUUCCGCUGAAUUUGGGUGGCUUCUAUGGAGUUGGGCUUAGCCAGAUGCAGGUCAAUGGCGUGAGCAUCACAAACUUCGGUAGCAGCAUGAUUGACAGCGGCACCACGUACACCUACAUGAAGUCCGCAAACUACAAGAAGUUGGUGGAGGGCAUUACAAAAGCUUGUGGAGGUGGAAAGUGCGGGGGAAGCCCACAGGGACGGACUUGUUGGAAGUUGUCGGGCGGCCCUCACAAGUUUCCUCCGAUCUCUGUGUUUUUCGGCUCUGUCGAAACAAAGUGGGUGCCAGAGGCCUAUUUCUACAGGAAGGGAAGCACAGAUACCUACUGCUAUGGUUUUGCAGACGAUGGCCCACACGCGAACACUGUCUUGGGCGCCGUUUGGAUGAUGCACCAGGAAAUCGUUUUUGACCUGGAGAACAGAAAGGUUGGUAUUGCUCCAGCGAAGUGCCCGGAGUACAAAGAUCGACCAGCCCACGUUCAGGCCGCAUCCAAUCCUGUGGUGCCUGUCGUCACUCCGAGCACCACUGCAGCCCGCGCCAGCACAGCGGUGGGCAGCAGUACAACCACCACAACGACUGCCACCACCACAACCACAACAACAACCACAACGACAACAAGAACGACAACGACACGUGCCACAACAACAGACACCUCCACUACUAUCUUACAGGCUGUGGUGGCUCACACAGAAGCCCCGACCACAAGUGUAGCCAGCUCGGCUUCUACAGAGAGCCAAAGGCCGUAUCACAGCCAGACCGGUGUGCCUCGAAGCCAAGUGCAGAAGACAGAGGAGCCUGAAAAGAAUUCCACAUUCUUGGGGCACAAGGACGGAGUGGAUCUUGGACUUGGUUUGCUGAAAGAGCAUCCUUUUCAGUUUGUUGGGGCGGUGGCUGGUGGCGUUCUCUUGGCUUGCUUGUGCCUGUUCCUCUUCAAAAAACUCUGUUUGAGAAGAGACAAGCACAGGCAUGUGCAGCUCAAGGAAGAGGACGAGUCAGGUAUGCCUCCGCAGAUUGUGGGAGCUGCCGACGCAGGCUUUGACGCUUUUGUCAUUGGCGAUGACGAGGCAGAGCAUUUGGAGGAUGGCUUCACGCCCGAAGCCUGGAUCAUCUGUAUGCAGACCGAGAAGAUGAUGAUUGGGCUGCAGGUUUGGGCCUCCAACGGCGUGACAAAGACACCAGGGAGAACGGGUUGGCGCCGAUGGACUUGCUGGACACAGGCAAUAGCAUCGACCGCCGUGAUCGCGCCCUUGACUGACUUCAUGCUCCUUCGCUCGAAGAGCGCAACCGAGUUUGAAGCGGCAAAGUUUCAUCCCGUUCUGAUGCAGAACCAAUGCGGUGAUGUCACCAUGCGAGUCUUGGAGUACGAGAGCCAACGAGCUCAGGUGCGCAAGGAAGAUAUGCUCCGGCGGCAGAUGAGACUGCAAGAAUUGGGCGAUACCUGCACGCCUGAGGAUAAGAAGCUCUUUGCCAAGGAUGAGAAAAAGUACAGGCUACAGCUGAUAAAACAAAACAAACUGAUGCAUGUUUGCCUUUGUGUUCUGCUGAACUUGGCUGAGGAGAUCUCCAUCGAGAAAAAGAUGGUGAAUCGGAAGAUACCCCAUCUUCUCAUCCAGUUAUUGGACAGGACGCAAGAAGACUUGCUCCUAGUGGUGCUCACCUUUCUCAAAAAGCUGAGCGUCUUUGAGGAAAACAAGGAUCAGAUUGCUGUUCCUGAGACACUCUCCAACUUGGUGAGAUUGGCGCAGCAUCAGAACCAGCGCAUUGCGCUGUUGUCCCUGCGGCUAUUGUUCAACCUCUCUUUCGACGAGCGCGUGCGCGCUGCCCUGGUGGAGAGCGGAAUCGUCAAGUUGCUGGUGGAUCUGCUGAAGAACCCGCCCUUCCGGCACAUCGUCCUUCGGUUGUUGUAUCACUUUUCAAUGGACGAUCGAUGCAAGUCACUGAUGGCCUACCACAGGGACGGCAUGAUCAUGCUGUUGCAGCUCGUGGUGCACUUUCCAGAGCCGCGUGUCGGCAAGGAUUUGGUGGCACUCAUGGUAAACUUAGCCAGCAAUGCGCGUGCGGCAGAGGUCAUCGUCCAAAGCGGGCUAUUUCCUCCAAUUAUGCUCCGUGUGAUGAAGCACCGUGAUCCCCUUCUCUGCAAGGUGAUUCGAAACGUGGCUUCUCACUCUGGCGUUUUGGAACAGAUGUGCGAGGUCUUGGACACUGAAGGCGUCCGGAUGGCAAAGUGGAUGAAUGAAUUCGUGCGCAUGGCCGUGUGCUCGGUCGACCACCCUGACUUCCUCGUCGAGGUCUUGGGGACUUUGGCCAAUGUGACCUUGGAAGAGGCCUCCUCGCUCCAAAUGGCUCCAGCGGGGCCGAAGCGUCACGAGUUCCGCGCCAUGCCGCGGCCUGGCUCGGCGCCCUUGAGGGUCCCCGCACGGCCACAGUUCUUCUGGGCGCUGCGCCCAGAAGACGUGCCACAUCUGGAGGCCUUGCGGAAACCCUUGUUGGGCCGUCCGCAGAGUGCACCCCAAAUCUUUCAGGCGAGAGAGAACCUUCGACAGCAGAAGCAGAGAAACUUGAAGGUCUCUAGGCUUCACUGCCAGCCGACAAGCACGACUUCCUGCGAGGCGGCUGCGGAGAUGGCCAAGCGCUUGGGAUAUGUGCCUGGAAAGCCUCGGAUGAAGGCGAAGUCGCGCUUCCCAAAGCAGGAAUCGGAUCUUCCAGAGGUCCUGGAACACAUGAAGAAGCUUCUAGCUGAACAGAAAGCCUUAAUGCAAAAGCCACUGGAAUCCCAGGAGGUGCAGCUCACAAAGCACAAAGAUGUCUGUGAACUGAAGUUUCCGGAGAAUGGGGCCCGGCUGUUGGCGAAUCGAUGGCGGAAAGGCCACAGCGAGCAACCGCUCUUAGAUGGCGCCAAACGGAGAAGGCAGGAGCUGAUACGCGAGGACAUACGCCAACUGAGGACAUCCCACAAGGGAAAGUCCAAUGAAGGCGUGAUUGAAAUUGAAAUCUAUGGCCAAGCCUGUUGA